CAGGAUGGGGAGGGACUGAUCCGCACACCAUAAGUUGGGUCAGACUGGCUUCAUGUCAGCACAUCACCGCCCACCAGACAGGUUCCAGUCGCGUCCACUGAGAAGUGUAGCUCCUUGACCGUCAUGCAGCUGCAGAAUCGACUCUCUGGGCAGUGGGCUAUCUCUUCCCGACCCCCACGGCUCUGAAGUUACAUCUGUUCAGGUGGAGGAGCUCGAACUGCUAUGACCUCUAAGGUCAAGUCGAAAUGCUCCGAGAUGCUGGGGAAGAGGAGACACAGUCCAGUGGGCCAGCUCCCACCGCCGGCCACCUCCAGCAAGCCGCUGACGCCCUUCGGCAUCGAGGACAUCCUCAGCAAGCAGUGUGGGAAGAGGAGCCGGCCGCUCCCGACGUCUCAGCGGGAGAGCGGCCCGUCCGACUGGCCGCCGCUGGGCCCGACCUCCCCUCUGUGCGCGCUGGAGGAGCUGGCCAGCAAAACCUUCCGGGGCCUGGAGGUCAGCGUCCUGCAGGCUGCAGAGGGCCGGGACGGUCAGGGCCUUUUCGGACGGAGGAACGCCCCUAAAAAGCGCCGGAAGUCCCGGACGGCCUUCACCAACCAUCAGAUCUACGAGUUGGAGAAACGCUUCCUGUAUCAGAAGUAUCUGAGCCCGGCGGACCGGGACCAGCUCGCCCAGCACCUGAGCCUGACCAACGCGCAGGUCAUCACCUGGUUCCAGAACAGGCGGGCCAAGCUCAAGCGGGACCUGGAGGAAAUGAAGGCCGACGUGCAGUCCGCCAGAGCCGCCGGAGCUGUGGCCUUUGAGAAGCUCUCCAAGCUGGCGGAGCUGGAGAAGUGCGCGGCCGAAGGUCUGGGCCUGGUGGCGCGCUCUGCGCGGAACCGUGCCGGAGGCCCCGAGCAGAGGUUCGGCAGAACUGAAGGAGAUCUCAACAGGCCGCAUGCGUCUCCUACUCUUCCUUCCCCCAAGCUGCCGCGGGACAGAGACGGACCGGUCAGCAGGUACGGUUCGGAGGAUGAUGAGGAGGAGGAGGAAGAGGAGGAGAUCGAUGUGGGUGACUGAAGCAUCCCACGUGGCGUGGAGUGACUGUCGUGGUUUCCCUACUUUAACUCAGUUACACUAUCGAACGUGGUUGACUGAAUAUGAAGGUAUUGUUCGGUGCCAAACUAUUUGUGGCUUGGAACUGAGAAGUUGAAAAUAAAAAUCUUCUUAGAGCUACGUAACUGUAGAUUUUAUUUUUAGUACAACAUACAAAACAACAAUUACACAUAUUCAGAUUCAAUUCUUAAGUAUAAGAUACAAAUUGUAUUUUUUUUAUUUCUUUUUUUAGCCACACUUAAAAAUUAAAAAAAGGUCUCGGGUUGCUGUGUUGGCGCAGGGCUUAAGGACAGCCCACCUGUCGCAGGUUCGAUUCCCAG